GUAUCAUAAAUGUGGCCCACCUGAUCAAAUGAACAGACCUCCCUAAAUUUUAGAGAGUUGGCCUUCAUGAGGCGUAGCGAGUCAGACCAUUCGGCUUUACAAUGAUUUCAACAUGUAGCGAACCUGACGAAUGAAGAACCCUGGAUUUCGUCCAGGGUGAUCUUAUGAUGCUGCCCACCUUUCUUACUGCUCGGAUGUUAUACAAAAGUCAGGCAUCAGCCGAAAAUAAUAAGGCUCGGACGCCAAGCGGGUCUGCGGUAGGUAGGACAACUCUCUCAACUGUAAAUUUAAAAAGAGAGCCGCUCGCAAUUGCAUUGCUGUUUGAUCAUCCACCAAAAAAAAAAAACAGGAGAGAGAGAGAGAGAGAGAGAGAGAGAGAGAGAGAGAGAGAGAGGGAGGGAGAGAGAGGAACUCCAUUCCCAUCUCUUUUCACGAGCGAACGAGAACAAACGAGAUGUGGAGGAGUAGGGCGUGCCUAGAAGCUUCUAGAUCGGCUCCUCCACUCACCAGCUGCCUAGGGUUCUUCCGUCGCUGGAUUUCCAGCGGUUCGCGGGUUGCAGCUCUCUGGGGAAACGGUGAUUACGGGAGGUUGGGAUUAGGCAACCUGAAUUCCCAAUGGAAGCCAUCUAUCUGCCCUGCCUUCAAUGGAAAUGGCGAUGGUGGCUUGCGUGCCAUUGCCUGCGGUGGAGCUCACACGCUCUUCCUCACCGAAAAGGGGCAUGUUUAUGCUACUGGUCUGAAUGAUUUUGGACAAUUAGGCAUAUCAUCUGAGAGAAGUCAUGUGCUUGAGCCGCUGGAAGUUUCUGGAAUUCCAAAGGAAGUUAUCCAAAUUUCUGCUGGUUAUCGUCAUUCCUCUGUUGUCACAGUGGAUGGGGAACUCUACAUGUGGGGGAAUAACUCAAGUGGACAGCUUGGUCUUGGAAGAGGGGCAGAGAAGAUAGUUUCUACUCCACGUAGGCUUGACUGCUUAGAUGGAUUCCAUAUUAAAAUGGUAUCUUUGGGUUCAGAGCACUCGUUCGCUAUUACUGAUGAAGGCGAUGCCUUGAGCUGGGGUGCAGGGGGCUCUGGGAGACUUGGUCAUGGGCAUCAAUCAGGCAUUUUAGGAUUUUUAAGGAGCUCAAGUGAAUAUACACCGAGGCUUAUCAAGAAUCUUGAAGGGGUCAAGGUUACAAAGAUUGCUGUGGGGUUGUUGCAUUCAGCAUGCAUCAGCGAACAAGGAUCUGUUUUUACAUUUGGUGAAAGAACAAUGGGUAGGCUGGGCUUUGGAGAAGCAAACAAUGCAACAUCACCAUCCAUUAUCAGCGAAAUUCCCUUGUCGCAAGGAGUUUCUUGCGGUGGUUAUCACACAUGCGUUAUAACUGGUGAGGGAGAGCUGUACACAUGGGGUUCAAAUGAGAAUGGUUGCCUUGGCCUUGGUGGCACAGAUGCAGUCCAUACACCCCUAAAAGUUGAAGGUUCAUUACUGAAAUUUCCUGUAUCUGAGGUAUCUUGUGGUUGGAAACAUACAGCUGCAAUUUCUGGUGGCAAUCUUUUCACAUGGGGCUGGGGAGGUUCACAUGGAACAUUUUCCAUAGACGGUCAUUCUUCUGGAGGACAAUUGGGCCACGGGAAUGAUAUUGACUACUUCGAACCCAUGAUGGUGAACUUGGGCAAAGAAUGGAAAGCACUGCAAGUAUCAUGUGGGUUCAAUCACACAGGUGCCAUAUUUGAGUAUUCCGAAGCUUGAGGUAACUUCGAGCAUCUGUUAUUAUUCGGAGAUCCCCAUUUCUCAUAUUCAUUCAUCUGAUACAUUAUUUGUACAUCUAGAGUCAUCUAAUCUGUAAAGAAACAGGGCAUCAUUUGUUCGUAAGCUUAUGAUGAAGCAUCGCGUAAGAGUGUAGCUGUUCAAUACCUUUCAAUGUGUAUUCAUAUGCUAGUAAUAAAAGUGUAUUGCUUGGUGGAACCAAAUUUCAGUAUCUUAGUACAGUGAGAUAUAGAACCAAUGUGAAUCAUUUGUUUAUUUUUUUACAUAGUUGACACUGUUUGUUGAA